UAUUAGAAGCAUUGUUGCUGUGUUUAAAAUGUCCAACAAUACUCCUACAUUUUUUUAGUAUCGCGCUUAAUAAGGGCUUUCCAUUAAGUGCCUCAUUUACACUCAAAUUAAGAGUGUGGGCCACACAUGGAUGGUGAUGUUUGUUCAGUAUUUGCACUGCAGUUUUUAUGUUUGCAGCAUUAUCUGAAACAAUUGUAGACACCUUUUCAAAUAUGUCCCAUUCUUGCAAAACUUCUUUUACGGAUAAUGCUAGAUUUUCUCCUGUAUGAGAAUGUAGCAUUUCCCUUGUAGCUAAAGCAUUGGAAUGCAUUUUGUCACUAUAUAUAAAAUGGCAAGUAAUAGUGAUAUAUGAUUUAUUACUAUCUGAACUCCAACAGUCCGUAGUGAUUGCAAUAUUAUUUGUUUCGCGCAACAUAUUUUUUAAUUUUAAUUUUUCUCUUUCGUAUAAUUGUGGGAUAAGCAUGCUUGAAAGCUUUUUCCUACUCGGCAAAUUAUAUAAUGGUUGAAGCCUUUUAGAAUAUUCAAUAAAGCCUUCGUCUUCGACAAUAGAUAAAGGCUGAUAGUCUUUUACUAUCAUUUUUACAAGGGCAUUAUCUAUUUCAAUUAUGUCCACGUCAGUCAAUUCAUUGGUUUUAGCGCCAAAUAAUUUUAAUUGCUUUCUUCGCUUUAGGGGUGGAGGAUGGAAUGUUGAGUCAUUCGAUGAACCCGUUCGAUUUUCUCCUAUUAUUUCAUCGGUUUUACUUGAUGGACCAGCUUCAUCUUCUUUGUGCUUGAAUGAAUUCACUUUUUGGUCAUUAUUGUCUAAAUCCUUGUCGUUAUUGGGUGGUUCAUUUGCUAAUAAUUGAGUUGCAUGCAAUCGCUUCAAAUGUUGAUUCAAAUUUGUAGUAUUCCCAAAAAAUUUUAGUUCUUUUUUGCAAAUAUUGCAUUGCACAAAAUUUGUGUUGGAAGAUUUUUUAAAAUAUUCCCAAACGACGGAUUUUUUAGCACCAGGUCUCAUAAUUCUAUCAGGCAUGGGCAAAUUAUAAUAAAUCGGUAUUUAACGAAUUUGAUUUACGCUGUGGCUAGAGUCCCGGUACCGGUAACAAAAUUAUUCCCGGUAGAAUUGUUGCAAUUAAAACAUAAUAAUAAAAAGUACAAUUAUUUUUUCACAGAAAAACUUACACUUAGAUUUAUUUUAAGGCACUGGAUAUUCGUCCGUACAUGUGCGGUCGAUGUGACGUUUUGUUUAAACGGCCGCACAUUCGAUAUUCUUGCCUAAGUUCGAUCAGGUGAAUGGUUUAUUGAAAUGUUAGUACAUAUUGAAAUAUUAUUAAAACCUCUAAAGAAAGCGCUAACCUAACCGGACGAUUAAUUUAUUUUAAGCAGUGCAAAUUAAAACAUGUACGGCCGUUUAAACAAAACGUCACGUCGACCGCACAUGUACGGACGAAUAUACACUACCUUAUUUUAAUUUACCCAAGCCUGAUAAAGUUAGUAUUAAACAAAACAGACAAGACGAACGUAAAUCACCCGCAAAAGAAAAACACCACUGAGCGAAACACCACCCGUCACGUCACGAAGUUCGAAAACAACUAAAACAAAAUCAUUCAUCAGUGUUGCCACAGCGUUGUGGCCAAAUUACUUGCAAGUACCAGACAGUUUUACUUGCAAUUCCUUGCAAAUACCUGACAGUUUACUUGCAAUUACUGGCAAAGUUCAAUGUUUUUAUUCGUUUAGUUAUGACAGGUAUUCGAAUCUCCUUCAGGUCUAAUUCUACCGAUUCUACCGCUGAAUGAAUUUUUGGUGAACCUGUGCUAUGACUUCUCAUACCUCCAAACACAACCUCCAAUUCCGAGUGACGAGUGUUCCGCAAAAAUAGAUGUAUAUCUACCGACUGAUUGAUUCACGAUGAGUAUUCAUAUUUCAGUCAGUACGGCCAUUUUUACUCCUCAGUGCUCUGCUAAGACUCAAGACUGCUGCGGCUUGACAGUCACAGCGGCUUUAUGGUCCCGAGAAAAAUGACAGAUAACAGAAGCACCUACUUAGUGAUCAUGCGUUCUAUCCCGAUUUGUUUUUUCACUUCAGCUGGCUCGGCUCCAUGUUCUAGGUUGAAUCCCGCACGCCGUAUCAUAGAAUGUUAUGCUAAUAUGGCAACUGUUACGAAUGUUUUAAUCCAUAAAAUAUGAACAUCGCAUCAAUUACUUGCAAAUUCCUCCAGAGCACCCAUUCCUUGCAAGUUUACUUGCAAAGCUCCUCAUUCCUUGCAAAUGCAAGUAAUUACUGGCAAAGCGGCAACACUGCAAUCGUUGUUCAAAUCGCUCGCGGCGUCGCGGCAGCGAGAAACGAGAAUCAGAAAUCAGAACUGCUGACUGAACGAUGUUUACAACAUGUGAAUGAUCAUUCGAGUGAUAUAUCGAUUCUUAAAAUCAUUCGAAUACUAACUAUCCGAUUAUUAGAAUCAUUCGAUUCUGCCCAUAGCUACUUUUAGACACAUCUCGUGGCUGGUAGUUGUACUAUAAUGAAUAGCAAAAAUCAGAAAACUGUAAGCAAGAAAGCAAGUAAGCAACUUACAAAUUGACGUGUGACGUUUAACAGGUCAAAAAAAUUUUAGAAAUAUUUUCUGGAUGUAUAGAAAUACAUUUUAUUCGAAUAAUAGCAGUAAACUGAUUAUGGAUUACGUGGAAUGCAGUAAAUGUAGAAAAUUGUUCAGUACUCGGUCAGGAUUGAGAAGACACCUAAAAACACUCCACCAAGAGGUUCUAAUACCCACAGGUCGUUCCAAAUUGGAGUGCUCUUGGAGUCAUCAAUGUCUAGAAGAAAACUGUGACAGCGCUUUUAGAUCCAAAAAAUGUUUGAUAAAGCACUUAACGAUUGGACAUCAUAUGAAAUUCCAUACAGAGCAUCUUCUGAUGGAUGAUGUGGAAGUCUUUCAGAUGUGGAAAUCUAAAAUAGAAAGAGAGUGUGGUUGUUAUUACGUUUCAAAAGGAAAAGCCAAUCUUCCGAAUGGUGAAACAACAUAUUAUUACUGUAAUAGAAGUAAAACAGGAUAUGUUACAAAGAAACGCACCAUACGUGAAAGAAGCCAAGGAUCUUGUAAGCUGAAAUAUGCAUGUACAAGCCAAAUCAAAGUGACAAAAGAAGAUAUAGGAGUCGUUAUAGAGUGGCAAACAGUACAUUAUGGUCAUGGUAGAGAUUUGAGGUACCUACGAUUAAGUAAGGAAGAUAAGCAGUAUAUUGUGGCAAGGUUAAAGAAGGGGAAAACACCAGAUAGCAUAGUGCGGUCGUUCCAAAAACAAGACAAAGAGCAUUUAAGGAGAUUGCAUCUUGUAACUCUAAAGGAUAUUUUGAGAAUAAGUAGAUUGUAUGGUAUCAAAGUUGAAAAGGCAUCAAAAAAUGAGAAGCUCCUACUAAGUUGUGAUAAGCCUGAAAUAAUUUGGGUGAAAAGCGACUUUCCUGAUGAACAAACUGAAAAUUUGAUUGAUGACUAUUUUAUAGAUAAUCAGUUAGAAAAUGAGACCAUGUGUCAAGAUACUGUAGAAGAUAUUGAAAAAGAAAAAUUCUGUCAGUAUGACGAGACCAACAGUAGUCAAAUGUUUCAGGAUACUGAUGAAACUGGAGGAGAAACUGUAACGCAAGUCGCAGUAUUCAAUACUAAACCAAUUCUCACAACACAAGUUAAGAAUAUGUUAUCAAAUUUGAGCAAUAUCAAUUUUGAGACCUUGCCCGAUCCUGUUUUGAAUGACGUUCAUCAACGUUUAUUUAGCAUUACUGAAUUGUUAUCUUUUAGUAAUGAUGAGCAUGUCUGUGAUCCCCAAUCUUGUGAUGAAAGAAGUGUGAUUGAUGCGGGAAGCUUUGUUCAGGCGCCAGACGAUUCUAUCAUUUUAAUAGUUGAAAAUGAUAGUAAAAAUAAAGUUGUGGAUUAGUAUUUAAGAGUACAAAAUAUAUAUUAGAGCUAGAAUGCAAUUAUUUCAAUCGAUUGCUUCCGUUAGGUCCCAAAAAAAACAAGAUCAGACAGGCAGUAACUUUUAAGUAUUUUAAUAUUGACCUUGGGGUCUCAUGGUCAUCAUAGUAGAUGACAACAUAUUAGAAUGUAUAUUUGCCACUGUAGAUGUCAAAUAGAGAGAGUUGUAAUAGUAGACUUUGGAUAUGUUGACCUUGAAAUGACUGAAGGUGAGAUUCAAGGUUGAGCCCAAAGUCGCUCUUGCCUUGUUAAAAACCAAUAAAGAAGAAUAAAUUAUUUUCAUCAAUAAUCCUGCUAAGCUUCAAGGAAUUUUCACUGGCCUCACAUUUGACCCGUAAAGUUGACUUUGUUCUUAGAUUUUACAUAUUAGGACGUAGUACUUUCGAUUCUUUCGGUUGCGGGUAUCAUUUAUUUCUAUUUGCAAACAGCAAAAAUGACCUUGAAGGUGAGGUUCAAGGUCAAAUCUAAUGUCGCCAUUGAACCUUUUGUUUCAAUAUAGACCUGAUUUUGGACCGCGGUGAUACUGGCAACACUGGCCGUCCACCAAGAGAUGGUAGUCGUGGUAUCAUACUAAUUUCCGCUAAGUUCCAAUUUCAACGACCUGGGACUGUUUGAGUAAACCCCUACAAUUACUUUUUUAAUUACUUUCACUGGUUAAAUUACUACCGUGAAUUACUAAAUAUGUUGUGCUUAUCGUUAACAGAGGACGCAAGCAUGUAAAUAAUAAUAAUCGGUACGAAGUACCGGUUACUUUUGCUCAAAGUAAUUGGUAACCGUGAUUACCGAAAAGUUACCUUAUUUGAUAUCACUAUUUUGCACUGUCAGAAAUGGAGAAGCAUCUCCAGACAUCUACGUUAGGCACCGGAACUCAUUGCAGGGCCCAGCGCUAAGCAUGGACGUUUCUGUUUAUCUUUGGAUAGAGCUAACCUAAGGUUGCUGGUGGGACUGUUGUCUAGCCAUAACACCUGCGCGUGAUGGGGGUGGCUGAGGAUCCCUUGUGUGAGCGCUGCGGGGUAGAAGAAGAGACCUCGGCGCACGUUCUGUGCCUCUGUGAGGCUCUUAGCUACUACAGGCAGACUCUACUGGGGUCCAUCACUUUGGACCCCCAGACGUUAUGGAGCUUGGACUCAAGGCCAUACUCAACUUCGCUAGAAUGGCGAGGCUUGAGGUCUAAGAAAUGUAGAGGUGCACAAGGGCCCGUCUGAGUGGCCUAUGCGCUGGCUUCUUUAAGGUGGCCGGUAUGCCUCUAAUUUCAUGUUACAUUCAUUCAAGGUCAAAUCCAAUGUCUCCAUUGAACCUUUUGUUUCAAUAUAGACCUGAUUGUGGACCGCGAUGAUACUGGCAAGACCGGCCGUCCACCAAUACGGGGUAGUCGUGGUGUCAUACUACUAGUUGAACUAUUCGUUUCCCCUAAGUUUUUGAACUUCCAAUUUCGACGACCUAGGACUGUUUGAGUAAACCUCUACAAUUACUUUGUAUUGGUUAAAUUGCUACCGUGAAUUACUAAAUAUUUUGUGCUAAUCGUUAACAGAGAGGACGCAAGCAUUUAAAUAAGUAUGUAUAACACGUUGCCAUUUGUGAUGUCAGUAAACGGUACAAAUACUGGUUACUUUUGCUCAAAGUAAUUGGUAACCGUGAUUACUGAAAAGUAACCUUAUUUGACAUCACUAUUUUGCAAAGCUCGCUACUUUUCUUUGACACUGUUGAUAGUCAUUGGCGGUCACUUUUCGUCACUGUUGGUCGCCUUGAUUCACUUGUGAUCACUUUUAAUUACUGUGAUUUUCGCCUUGUGCUUUUGGGAUACUUAUUUUGGGCCAAAUCGUUAAAAUUUUUGAAAAUCUGGUCCGAAAUUGGUAGUCUAAUGCGCUGAUGGUCGUCUCUAUUGAUCACUGUGGUCCUUGCCUCGUACUUUGGGGCCCUUGAUUUCAUGGUAGGUCACUUGAUUUCCGCUUCUCACGUCAGGAAAUGGUCUGGAAUCCGUAUUAUCUUGGUAAUAUCCCACUUUUGAGAUGUUAGAUUCGACUCCUGGAAUUUAGUAGUUUUUGACGGGGACUGAUCUCAAUAAAAUGGUAUCUACCUCUUGGUAUGCUGAUCUAUUAUUUAACCAACUCAGGGCGGCUAUAAUAGUCUCCUGCCACAGAUUAUAAUCAGGGAGGUGAAACGUCUUAGGGGCGAACUGGCAACACCACGUUCAUUCUCUCCAGGCAAAAUCUAGGACACUUCCUUACUAACAGAGUUUGACAAACGGCAGUAUGACUUUCCCUCGGAAAGUCGGAAUAUUCCAUUUUGUUUUGAAUCUGUGUUAUCAAUCAGGUAAGCUACACAUUAAACUUUUAAUUAUUGAUUUAAUUCUCAAUCUAGAAAUAAUCUUUCAUAAUCUUUAUAUAAUAAUAGUUAUAAUCUUUGUCAUAUAUUUUUCAAUAUUUUCACUUGUGUAGUGUGCAGGAAUACUUAAGAUUGCAUACUUCAAUAAGCUUGUUUUUUUUUGUAAAUUUUAAUCGAAUCAGUCAUGUCUGGAUUUGGGGUUGCCUUUUCAUACAUUUUUACUUUAAAGUACUCAUGCAAAUAUCCUUGCAAAAAUUCCUAUUUCCACAUUGUUCAGAAAUCUGCUUGUAUAUACAAAAAUAAAGUAUUCCAUCGGUUUUGUAAAGUUUCCAGUUAUCAUGUUUGUGAGCAUCAUUUUUCAACGUUUGAUCGUAAUAAUCCCCAAGAUCCUUCACGUCUCAGAUAUAUUGCCAUACCAGUGUCCCCCAAUACAGUUUUAAAUUCAAAUAAUAGUUAUCCAGUAGGUUUAGUAAAACCGUGUCCCUGUUCAGUAUCUAGAGUUUUAUUCAGUGACCCUUCUUCUAGAGAAAUCCAACCCCUUCUGAGCAAAAUGAAACUUUCGGUGUUAUUCUGGACGAUCAAAACAUUGAAAUCAGUGGAAGUUGUUCUAGAAUAGAAUCUAAUCACAUAUUUGGAUAAAUAUUCUUUUAUGUUAGAGAAGAGCUCUGUCAUAUUAGUACAUCCAAGAAGGGAGUUAGCCCUGAGAAAUCAAUUAUGUAUCAAGUCCACCGGAAUGUUUGCUCAAGGCUAACCAAAUUAAAAUCUAUCUUGGAAACUGAAAAAGCCCAUUUGUAUUCAUUAAAAAGUUUAUAUGAGCAUGGUCGUUUUCAAUAUAUUGUUUUCUUCAAAGUUACCAAAAGUUUUAUUAAUUCACAAUUGGGACUGUCAAUAAACAUCCAAAUGCUUACCAGUGGGCAGUUAGAGACAAAACUUUUGCACUUGCACUCCAUAAACGAAUUCCACGAUUGUACAGGACCUUUUUUAAGUUACCAUGAAAUGUUUUUUAGUAAUGCUCUUCAUUAUGAAGUGAAAGAACAAAAGAUUUGAGGAUUUGGGUACCCUUGGACGCAGCAAGGAAAAAGCAAAUCAUGGCCUUGUGUUUAUGGUAAGAGGGGUACAGCAAAACUAUAAAAUUCCUGUAGCUUAUUUUUUCACUAAAGAUACAAUAAAGUCAAACUGCCUCAAGUUUAUUUAGUCUAAUCAUAGACGAAAAUACCCCUGGUUUGCGAAAUAAUUGUAAAGUCUGGUUUUAUUAUUGCAAGUGGUUCAAGGGAGUAUUUAAAACAUGGAAGCAUAAAAUGCGCACACCAAUUAUUGUGGGAAAACUUUUUAUUCGACAUCAAAGAAUGAAGAAAACGUGUUUUCUGGGAUUCCAUCGAAAUUGUUGGCAAGAACGGAAAAUUCUUCAUAUAGGAUUUUUAGGAAUUUAUAAG